UUCCGGUGCUGCGUGUUCUCUUCCAAGGCGGCUUGCAGCGCAUCCCAGGCGGCAGCGCGUCCAGCUAGGGUUAGCUUUUCUCUGUCCAGCGCUAGGGUUCUACCGCGCAUCCCUUGCAGGAAAUCCCUUCCAAUGCAGGCAAUGCAGGCGCUCCGGCGAAGAGUCGGCCAUGGCGGCAGCGGUAGCAGCGUCUAUCUCCUCUCCGGCGCUGCCCGUGCCUUCCAGACGAGCGCCAGUCGCGAAUUUCCACUGCCAUCGUCGACUCCAGCGGUGCCAAAGAGGGUCAGCCAGCCUCCAACGGAUAAUCGCACCAGGCAGCCGCCGCCACCUCCGCCGCCAGUCGAUUCCGAGAGCAGCAACGCCGAGGCCAAGCCGCCGGGACGAGCAUCGUCCGUGGCUCCGGUGGCGCCGAUCGAGAAGCAAUCGACUUGCGCAAAGCCUCCCACCAUGUCCCCGGGAUUCACUGGAGCUUUGGGACUUAACUUUCCGGGGACACAGAUUCCUGGGCUUCCAGGAACUCCGCGGCCAAAGCCAGGAACCCCAAGACCCUACGAUCCGACCAAGCAGAAGUCCAAAGUCAUGGAGUGGCUCACUCCUCCUCCAGCGCCAACCGAGCUCCUCCAGCGCGUCCACUAUAAGAUGUCUGAGACUUGCUUCACUACCAUUUACUUUGGAGAUCUCUCGAAGUGGCAUGUCGAUGGCAAGUAUGAUGCUGUGAUUGCUCCCGGCAACAAGAGGCUCAACACCGGACCUGCUGUGAAUGCCGUUUUGUUUAAAGCUGCUGGAUCGAGACUUUUGGACGCUACUCAGAGGCUGCCCGAUGUUGCUCCGCAAGGCAUCAAGGCCGAGGUUGGAGAUGCUAUCAGCACCAGAGCUUUCAACUUGCCUGUAGCUCGUGUCAUCCACACUGUUGGACCAGUCUAUAAGAAAGACGAGACGACCAACGUGAGAGAGUCGGAUCCUUACCUUGAGAAAGCCUACAAGGCUGCUCUUCUCGUCGCCAGGAGAGAAAACUUGAAGUACUUGGCGUUUCCUCCACUUUCGUGCCGAAUCUAUGGAUACCCCUACUCGGAAGGAGCAGAGGUAGCUUUGAGAACGUUGAAGGCAAACUGUGAAGGUUUCCUACAGAUCGAUAUAGUCAUCCGGAACAUAGAGGGAUACGAAGCCUUCAUCGACGAAGCAAACAAGGUGCUACACAUCAUCAAAGAAAAGAAGAUUAUCAUGGCUCCUUCGGCGACUACUCCAGCUCCAGCACCCAGUCCCGAGCCUGCUCCUGCUGUCAACCGUGCAAUCGCCCCCGGUGGUGUCACUCCAGCAGUGAAGUCCUUCAUUCCCACAAGUGGUCCAUCAGCAGUCUCGUCGGCAGAGGCACCAGAACCGGAAACCAGCGAGCCUCUGCCUGCUUGACGACGACGACGAGAAGAGAUCUCACAGGAGCAGCGAAGACAAAGUCGCCAAGCUACGAAUGAAUAUACACACAACUUGUAUUUUCUUUCAUCUUCUAGCCACUUUAGGAUGAAGUUGGAAGCCGAUGUGAAUUCCUUCACUCUUUUAACUCGGGAGAGCUUCUCUAGCA